GUCUCUAGAGCGACAGCUUCUCUUGGCAAGAUUUCGGUUUUCGUGCCGAGGCAAGAAUGUCUCAAUAGUUUUUGUGCUGGCUCAGAUCCUGCAGGGAACAGAAAUCAAUGAUCCAGGUUCUAGAAAUAAAAUGGAGAGGAAAAACUUCUGGUCCUUGGCGGAGAGUGAUGAGGCGAUGGAGAAGCAAUAGCAAACUUCGAGAAUUUCGUAAAAGUGCAUGAGGAGCCCCGAUCUGACAAAUCAUUCUUGGCGCAGUGCCAGCCGAGCAAAGUCGAUCAUUUUGAUUCCAUGCGAAUUUGUCUGGUUGUUACAUACCUUCAUGGCGAAUUGGGAUUCAAAGUUGCACACUCGCAGUUUGUUGCUUGUCAAGAAAUUUAGGUAGCGGCUUCGUGUAAAAUUUAAAUUUUCAUAUAAGUACUACUCGACUUUCUUUUACUCUCUACGAAUUGGGACUUGGUUUUGUGUCGGGCGAAAAAUACUGUCCUAUCCGACGACCAACGCUGACACCACAAAAAAUAACCAUGUCCCGACGACUUAGUCGCACCCCGGUGCUGGUUCUGCUCUUGGCUCUGACCGGGCUCUCCGAAACGGUUCUCCCCGUCGAAGCUGCUUCGGGGGUCCCGCCAAGCGGUCUUCUGUCGCGUUGCCUUGGUUGCUGGAGGCCGAAGGCUCGGGUACCUUUUGUGGAAGCGGAAAAUGGGAGAGACCACCUGAUUAUGAACCAAGAAUCUUCUACGCGGUACGGUGGGAAAACAAGAGCAGUCGAGUUGGCGCGUCCGAAGGCAGCCGCCACAGGCCGAACCGUACGACCGGGCAGGAAGUCACAAAAAUCGACAUUUUCGGCGCAACCUGACCUGCAAAAUCAUACUCUUGAAGCGCGUUGGAACCCCCCGCUCCCAGCCCAGCGAAGGACAAGCAAAAGGCCGGCAAGGAAUUCGAAAUCCAAAGGAAUGAAGCGCGACUCAAGAAUGAAGUCGCUGCAUAGGCUUCCUCCCAUCGCGGAAAAUUUUUUAGAGAGCGACAGCGAAAAUGAGAACGACGCUGAUGGCACUACCUCGGAAAUUGUAUAAUGAGCAGCUGAGUACCAUGGCGCCGCCAGUGGUUCUGGUUCAUUUUCUGGUUGAAGCAAGAAGUUGUCUUUUUUUUUCAUGUAUGAUUUCAUUGGACUGCUGCAACUGCAACAAAGAACCUUUUCUCGACGCACUCCGUAGAAGUUGUGAUGCUGAUGAUUCAGAAUUCACGACCCAUACAUUCUUUCCGUUUCUGUUUCCAAAGCAUGGAGACCAUCUAUUGCUUGUGGCAUGUAUGAAGAAAAAGCACCGAUAGUAUUGAUUUCCUGACCUCGGGCAACCGAGAUUCCAAGGGAGCGCGCGAU